CACGCGUGACACCGGGGCAGCGGCGGGGCUGUACGAUGUGACAUCGGGAGGGCUGCAGGACCUGUACAGCGUGGCACGGGUGUGGCUGUGGCGCUGCUGUCACGCCAGCACGGUGACGGCACCGGUACUGCUGUGGGACCUGCACAGCGUGACACCGGUGGGGCUGGGGAACCUGUGCAGCGUGACAUCGGUGUCACCCUGGGGCCCGUGCAGCGGGACACUGGGCGCCGGCCAUGGAGCCGGGCACCAUCGACAACCUGUCCAUCCUGUACCAGAGCUCCGACUUCAUCGUGGUCAACAAGCACUGGGACAUCCGCAUCGACAGCAAGAUGUGGUACGAGACGCUGACCCUGCAGAGCCAGCUCAAGUACCGCUUCCCCGAGCUGGCUGACCCCGACACCUACUACGGCUUCAGGUUCUGCCACCAGCUCGACUUCUCCACCAGUGGGGCCCUGUGCGUGGCACUCAACAAAGCAGCGGCGGGAAGCGCCUACAAGUGUUUUAAGGACCGGCUGGUGACCAAAGCCUAUCUCGCCCUGGUCAGGGGCCACGUCAGCCAGAGCCGAAUGACGAUCCGCUACGCCAUAGGGAAGAACACCACUGAGGGCAUGACGCACAUGAUGUGCAUCGACGGGACGGAGGGCUGUGAAAAUCCCAAGCCUUGCCAGUCAGAACUGAUCGUGCUCGAGCACGGGUCCUACAGCGGAGACCCUGUAACCAAAGUUCUGCUGCAGCCGCUGACAGGGCGGACUCACCAGCUCCGGGUUCACUGCAGCGCCAUUGGCCACCCCAUCGUGGGGGACUUCACCUACAGCCACAAGAAGGACAGCACUCCCUACAGAAUGAUGCUCCACGCCUACUACCUGCGCAUCCCCACUGGCAAGGAGCUCAUCGAGGUCUGCGCGCCCGACCCCUUUGUCACCACAAUGGACAGCAACUGGGUGCCCCACCAUGUCACUCACCGGCUGGAUGAGACCAUCCAAGAGCUGAAGGACAAGAUGAUGCAGAAGGGAGAAGAGGAGGAGAGCCAGGAAGCCGUGCUUGGUGGCAGAGAGGAGGAGGCACAGCACGAAGCCAAGAGCCUGGAGACGGAGGAGCAGCGAGCCCGGUGUGAGCAGUGGUUGGCCGAGUGGGCUUUGGAGUGAGCACAAACCACAUCUCUGCAUUUCCAGCCCAAUGCUCCAUUUUUGUCCCGGUGGGUCCCCGCGGAGCCCAGCGCUGGCUCCACAUCUGCACUUUCUGUAUGCCGUGGCUUCCCUCACUUCUGGGGCUGGGAUUAGACAGAUUUUAGCAGUGAUUAGGAUGGGUUUAUUUUUUAACGUACACAUCAUCCGUCUGGCCACUGGAUGCCCCUUUCCUAAUUCUGAGCCUCAGCAGCAGAGUCAGCGUGUCACAUACCAGCUUAGAGUGACCCCCCAAAAGCUUUACGUCCCUGUCCUGGGGCUCAGGCACAGCCGGGGCAGCACGGACGCUGCCUUUGCCAUGAGCGUGGUGGACGUAUCUGCAAACCCGCAGUGCUAGGAUGCUAAAAUGCGGCCCAGCAAAGAGAAGGAAAAAUAUGCUGGGUGCAGCUUCGGUGUCCGUGUCCCCUGUUCCCAUUCCCUUCGCUCCAGGCUGCUGCGCUCACUGGUACACGCGCUGUGUGAGAGGUGGGAGAUGAGGAGGCUGAAGUGCAGCCUGGGGGCACUGACGGCCCCCCUGGUCCCGGGGUGGCCCCGGGUGUUUUGCUCGCAGAGCUGGGCUGUGUGAGGGGUGCAGGGGAGGUCCCUGCCUGCUGCGGAGGACGCGCUGCCUGCCUGUCCCUGCCCGCGCGCUUUCCUUCCUGCCUCAGCCCACAUGUGGUUUUUUUUUUAAAGGUUUGUUAAAGGUGAGUUGAUACAAAUGGAUUUUAAACUUUUUUCAAAUUUCUAUGAGAAGAAUCUAGUCUUUUAGCGGUUCUGAAAUACCGGUGGUCUCGGAAAUGCGUGUAUUUUUAGUACUUCUGUGGUCAGAAUAGCCAGCAGCCCAAAGCUUUUUUAAUAGAUCUUACUGUUCUUUCUAGUAGCAUUGCCUUUUCCUGGCACCCACUUUUAUCCUGGGUGUGGAUGUAACCCUGGCUGAGACGGGUCAGAAGACACAAGCCCCUUUCUGCUUUACCCAAACAAGAGGUAAUAAGUAUCGUGCUUUUGUCCCAUCCCGUGGCUCCUCGCCGGCAGGUUGCUGCAGGGGUGUCAGCACUGGAGGGUGCGGAGGCAGGUCUUUCGGGUGGGCAGUUUAGGAGGGCUCUGGAGCAGUGAGAGCCACAGGGAAAAGGUUGAAGCUGAAAGAAAGGCGGAGGACUGAUGCGAAAAGCAGGAAGGAGCUCGUCUCUCAUGCUGGCGCUCAGCUUUGCAAGAUGCCAAGAGGAGUUUCUCUGGAAAUGCCCUUGAUUUGCCAGCUGCCGCUUUGCUUUCUCCUUCCCACCCCGCUUGUCUUCUGCAGCCCUUAGAGGACGUUUUGAAAAUGAAGAGCGCAGGGCAGCUGGUAUGGGCUGGCGAGGGACGGAGGUGCUGGAGCCCCUUGCGUACAGAGCACCGAUCCCCGGGGUAUUCGGCACCAAGCCACCACCUCAGCUUGUGCCCAGAGUUAUCCUCACCCCAUUUAAAACGCACCUGACAGUGGUUUCCUGUAAUUCAUGUUCCUACCCUGAGGGGAAAUAAAAUGGCACAGCCCUCUCCUCGUGGGUGAACACACCAUGUGGGUCACCGAAACCCCGCGGGGUUUUGCAUCACCCAUCCCUGGCGUCCCUGGGCGCUGGUGGGUUCAAGCUCACCGUGCUGUGGCGCGUGGCUGGGGACGAGGUGACUGCCGCCUUGCUUUCGUGGCUGCCGUCCGCUGCAGGGUGAGAACGCGCGCACGGCUCACGGCUCUGCAGGUGCCAGCCCUGGGCACCGAGCGGGGGCCGCGGGCUUAUGAGCUGGUGGCAGAGGGCUCAGGGGGGUUUUGGAGAAGCAGGAAAUCCGUCUCCUUCUUCCCAGGCCCUGUCCCUGCCCAACCCAUCUCCCAAGAGUGGCCGGGGAGGGGAGAGGCAGCCACAGGCCGGUCCUGAAGCUGUAAAUUAAUGCCAUGAACCUGUUUGCCAAAGAAUGAACGUGGGUGACGUGCACAGGAGGCCCAGAAAAGUUACAGGUGAGAUUUGCAGCAUCAGAGAUGGGAGGCGACCUUCCCUUCCUGUGGGCCCCGGCGUGGGAAUGGGCCCUGCUGCGUGAUGGGGGACAUGUCCUGCAGCUGCACGCACGGGACGAGGCGGCCCUUGGCCGUGGGGCCGGCGGUCGCUGGGGGUGGUACGUGGGGACACACUGGUGACCAUGCACAAGGGGACGGUGAUGGACUGUCAAUGCUGGGGGGCUGGCACCCAGUGCUCACCCCACCAUCCGCACUGAGGAGCCCCUGCACCACCCGUCAGCCUUCAGGCGCUGCACUUUUACUUGACAUUGCAGGAAGCAGAGAGAAAUAUUUAUUUUCCUUACCCUGCAGAGAGGUGUUUUCCAGGCGCCCUUUCCCGGCUCCCUUCCUGCGCCGCGUGCAGUCCUGCUCCCUUCUCCCUGCCGUCACUGCCACGGGGCCAUUUGCUGCAUCGUGUGUGAAUCCCCUCGUGCAUUCAUACCGGGGGGUCGUGAUCGGGUGUGUGUUUCGUGAUGUUCUGUACAGCUUGCAAUAACUCAUUUCUUGUUGCACGUUACUGUAGUAAACCAUUACCUAUACACCGU